AUGCAGUUCCUCUUCAUAAUUCUCCUUAUUACGUUGACAGAUUGUAAGAAAACGAAGCAAAAGCGAGCGUCCGUUGACACCUACAAUAAACACGAUGUAGACUUUGGUCACAUCUACAGAGAUCCAGAAAAAAACAGACAUUUAUUCGAAGGUGGUGAUAAAUUAAAUCUAGAAGAUGCAUACGCUAUGAGAGAGAACAUUCGAGACAUAGCCGGCAAAUACAUGCCACCACGGGACAAAAUGCUAUAUGAAAAAAUGAGAAAAGCAGAAGAAGGUGAAGUGAUGAGAAAUAACAGUGGUAAUCCGAUGUAUUAUAAUUUUGAAGCAAUAUUAGAUCGUAACCUAGCUCGAUCUUAUCCUAAACCACUUGUUAAGACUAUCCCACGCCCAGAAACACCAUUCACACGUAAACCGCAAAGUUUAAAUAUAGACGAGAUAGAAGAAAGAACAUAUAUGAUAAAAGAAUCUACGGAUAACUGGACUACUUGUGAGGAAUUCUCAAAAAAAGCCUUAUUUCAUCCUGAUGAUAUAGUGAAUUUGGAGUGGAUUCCAUUCUAUAUAUGGUCCUUAAGCAAUGUUCAAAAUGCAGACAUACACAGAUUUACAUAUCCUACUAAAAAGCUAGUGCAGAAAUUUAAAACGGAUUACGGCCCGCAUCUAACAGGAAUAGAGUGGAACCAGCCAAAGCUACUACUAAACGAUACCAGAGAGAUUUUACUAAUUGCGAAAGAUAGACGAGGUCUAUUUCAAGGUAUUGUCAAAACUGAUCUGCCGGAAUCGAUAAAAGGCACAAACAUAACGCUACCCGUCCUGAGUUUACGCAUAAAAAUACUGGAUCCUUUUCUGGCUCUGAUGUAUUGCGAUGAUAAGACCACAUAUGUCAUGGCAAUAUUUGGCGAAGAGCCACAAUCCGAUCCAGAAAAGAUAAAAGCGGCUUCAAUUUUGAACUUUAAAGGAAAGGGAAAACCAGUAUCUUCACGUGGACAUGAUACUUCGGCAAUAAGUAAUUUGGUUAAGGAGAAAUUUUUGGACGUAGAUCGACAAAUUGAAAAGGCGAAGAGUUUGAAACCUCCACGCUUUGAUUUAAGCAAGCUGUAA